GGAGAGAGAGAGAGAGAAAGUUUCACCAACGAACGCGGUUUCAUAGACAUUCAAUGUUCAUGCAUUAAAACACAGCUGUAACUGGUCUUGCUCACUUUCUUGUUUGCAUUACUAUAAUGUAUGAGAAAGGAGCAAUUUUUAUAUUGUAUUUUAGAUCUUAGCCCAUUAAAAGCUAACAACUUUUAUUGGAUCUUUCCAAAACUGACCUAGCAGACCAUCCUUAAGAGUAACUGAGAUCCAAAAAUCGUCAUCAAAAGCAGUUUUCUGUUUUUUUGGGGUCUGAAAUUUUCAGUGCACUGGUAAUGUUCGUUGUAUGGUGUUUCUCUGUGAAGUUUCUUGGAGUCUAAGAUUCUAUUUUUGGAAAGACAAAUAAAAAUAUUUGGAAUUUUUAAAGUUUCUAUAAAUGGAAAAUUCAAGGGGAAGGAGAGUGGAGAAAAGGAGUUAUGAGCAAAGUGUUGAAGAUGAAGCUGACCACUUGCCUGAUCCAAAGAAGGCGAAAAUGCCAGCUUUAGCAAGUGUUAUUGUGGAAGCUUUGAAGUUGGAUAGUUUGCAAAGACUUUGCUCGUCUUUGGAGCCUCUACUUCGCAAAAUUGUUAGUGAAGAAGUGGAGCGUGCUCUUACAAAAAUGGGCCAUGCUAAAUUAGCUGCAAGGUCACCACAAAAAAUACAAGGGCCAGAAGGAAGAAAUCUACAGCUUCAUUUCAGAACAAGGAUGCCUCCUCACCUAUUCACAGGUGGGAAGGUUGAGGGGGAACAAGGAGCAGCUAUUCAUGUUGUCUUGCUAGAUGCUAGCACAGGCAGCAUCAUGCAAACUGGACUAGAAUCAGCAGCCAAACUAAAUGUUGUGGUUCUUGAAGGUGACUUCAAUGAGGAGGCUGAUGAAGAUUGGACUGCAGAACUCUUUGAAGGCUAUGAAGUAAAAGAGCGUGAAGGGAAAAGGCCUCUCCUGACUGGGGAUCUACAGGUGACUCUGAAAGAAGGGGUAGGAACUCUUGGAGAUCUGUCUUUUACCGAUAAUUCUAGCUGGAUAAGGAGCAGAAAGUUCAGGCUUGGAGUUAAGGUUGCUUCUGGAUAUUGUGAAGCUAAUCAAGGUAUGCGUGUUCGUGAGGCUAAAACAGAGGCGUUUGCUGUUAAAGAUCACCGGGGAGAAUUAUACAAAAAGCACUAUCCACCUGCUUUGCAAGAUGAAGUUUGGAGAUUGGACAGAAUAGCAAAGGAUGGAGCUCUGCACAAAAAACUGUUAAAGGCUCAAAUUGUAACAGUUGAAGAUUUUCUUCGGCUUCUUGUGCGGGAUCCACAGAAGUUGAGAAAUAUACUUGGAAGUGGAAUGUCCAAUAGGAUGUGGGAAAAUACUGUGGAGCAUGCUAAGACCUGCGUCUUGGGGGGUAGGCUUUAUGUUUACUUCCCAGAUGCAACUCGCAGCACUGGUGUUUUUUUCAACCAUAUUUAUGAACUCAGAGGCCUUAUUUCUGAUGGGCAGUUUCUCCCUUUGGAUUCGCUUCACCGUAAUCAAAAGGUAUCAGUAGAUUCUCUGGUCAAGCAAGCAUAUGAAAAUUGGCAUCAAGUCAUAGAAUAUGAUGGCAAAGUCCUGAACGCCCUAACUAGUACUAAGAAUGGAAAAAGAGCCUCAGUUGCACCAUUAGUUGACAACUAUGACACAAAUCACUAUAUUACUUCUAACCACAACGGGCAGCAGCGAUGUAUCUCAUCUAUACAAUGUUCACAAAGCCAAGCUGUAAAUAACCACACAUCAGUUCCUCAGUUGAUUGAAUUUCCAUUUGCAAGCUCUGAUCAUAAUGCAGUCAUAACCGUAAAUAAUCCACAAGCAGCAUUAGCUGGUGGUGGCAUGGAUCACAUGUCAAUUGGAACUCCUGCUGGGGGUGCUUAUUUUGCAGGAGACUGGUCUCGACCAAGAAAUGGGCAGGGAUUGGAAGACUUUUUUGCUGAAGAAAUCCGGCUCAGGAGUUCAGAGAUGUUAGAGAGUGAUGACAUGCAGAGACUUCUGAAAACGUUCUGUGUGGGUGUUGAAGUUGGAAUGGGAAGUGGUCUUGAUCAUCCUGAUGAGGCUUGUUACUCUUACAGCAUUCAAGCAUAUGAGCCUCAGAUGGAUCAAGCAUGCACACAGGAACGUGGCAGGGGCUCAGGGAAGGCUGUUGUGGGAUGGCUUAAGCUGAAAGCAGCUCUGCGUUGGGGGAUAUUUAUAAGGAAGAGAGCUGCAGAGAGAAGAGCUCAACUAGUUGAGCUUGAUUGAGUUCAAUGUAUGAAUCUAAUUUUAACUUUGCUGAUAUUGUACGAGUUUAGGUGCACUUGAAUGUUUAAUACUCCGUUGAUUUUAGAGAAGAUAUGCGAAUAUUCUAAGUUAUUUACAUGGGAUAGAAUAGGCUCUUGCAUUA